CCGGAGACAUCUGGAGAACCAGUCAAAACACCGCGGAGCCUGUCAUUGUUUUCUUCUUCAAAACGGAACUGGUCAGCAUGGGAGUAAGAAAGAGCUACGAACUGCUGCUAAACAUAAUUUCCGUCUUUAGUUUUCUAAACAGGAUACCGGAGCCUGAACGCUGCUUUGAGACCCGCUCCACUUGUUCUUUGGCUCCGAAUGGGCAACCACAUAUUGGACUCUUUUUACCCUUAAACUCCCGGGGAGCCUUUGGAUAUCAAACAUUUUGUUGCUCUUCAUGGCAGUUAUGUUGUGGUUUCUUCUCCUGCAGGUCAUCAACGGCUUCGAACAUUUAUCGGGGGCUAAACAUGAAACGCUGUGCACCUCUAACACCUGCUUCACCGCACAUAUGAAGAAGGUGGAUUUUUACAGGGCCAAAAGAGACUGUGAAAACAAUGGAGGAUAUUUGAUGUCAAUAAGAGACCGACAAGAGGAGGAUGUGCUGCACUCGCUUCUCUCAUCAAUAGAAGGUCAAAGCCGAGAGAGGGUGCUGAAAUUCUGGAUCGGAUUAAAACUGAGAAAAACUGAGUGUGUACUUGCCAAAAAGGCUCUCCGAGGGUUUAAGUGGGUAUCAGGAGAAAAGGAGUCCCACUACUCCAACUGGAAAGAAGAACCCACCCCCACAUGCUUAGCAGAGAGAUGUGUACACGUUAAUUACAACUUUUCAGGUGAGGAUCACCUGAAGUGGGUUGCUGCACCUUGCAGAAAACAUAAGGCUUUUUAUGCAUGCAUGUUUUAUUUUAAGGGGAUGUGCAAACCUUUGGCUCUGCUCGGGUCUGGAAAAAUAACUUACACACUACCUUUCUCAGAACACCCGCCAAGAAGUCAAAUGAAGGCAUUUCCACACGGAACAUUAGCUGAAAUUGAAUGUGGUGAUCCGCAGUAUCACUUCUCUGUGUGCAAACUUGAUGGCCAUGACUACAGGUGGACCAACCUGGGCCCCUUUUGCAAAACAGGAAAGCGAAGUUGUGAAAUCAGCCACGGUGGGUGUGAACAUUUGUGCCAUCAGGAUGCAGAUGAAGUUCGAUGCUCUUGCAGAGAAGGUUAUGAACUGGAAAAGGACGGACUCAGCUGCAGGAUAAAAGACCUGUGCGGUCCUGACACCUGCGAGCAUCAGUGUGUGAUGAGCGAGUCGGGGUAUUUCUGCAAAUGUCCAGAAGGCUUCGAGCUACAUGAAAACCAGCACAACUGCACUGACAUUAACGAGUGCCAAUCACAGGCCUGUAAGGACGGCAUCUGCAUAAACACUCAGGGCAGUUACACGUGUGCCUGUAAAAGCGGCUAUGAAAUGGUCGAUGGCGGAUGUAGGGAUGUGGAUGAGUGUGCACACAGAAAAUGUGAGCACAUCUGCUUGAACACCAUCGGCUCGUUCUCUUGUUAUUGCAAGGACGGCUUUACUUUAUCCGAGGAUGGUCAUUCCUGUGAAGACGUCAACGAAUGUGUGAAUAACAGCUGUUCAGCGGCCGAGUUCGAAUGUGUAAAUACUGUCGGAAGCUUCACGUGCACCCACCUGAGAAACUUCAACCCAGAGGACGACGGAACCACUCGUGCUCCACGCGUGACCUUUACACUGUCUACCUCAUCAGAUGACGCAGUUGAUGAGGAAACCCAAGAAAACUUCACAGAGUCUUUAACCAGAACUACAGUCGAGCUCCAGCACCAGUCCCCUCGAACAGAUUCGCCCAGUCCGGCCCUGGCGAACGCUACAAACGAGGAUCGGCUGAGCAACACGACCGCGACCACGAGUUUUGCCAAAACGAUCAAUUCCAAGGUGAUAAUCUGCGUACUCGGGUCGGUCAUUCCUCUUGUCGUGUUGGUCGCAGUGACUCUGUUUAUUGCAAUUUAUCGAUGCAGUCGCUCCAAAAAAGAAGUGAAGAAGAACGCCACCGCGGACGGCUACUGCUGGGUGUCCUCUGGGCUGGAUCCACGUUUAGAGAAACUGUAUGAGUCCAUUUUGACUGAUGACCCAUGACCUUUUAGUGGCAGAAAAGACUCACUGAAGAUUUAUUAUGUUUAUUUGUGCAAACUCUUGUGAUUACACUACAUAUGAUCAUGGAAGUGCACGAUCUGUGGGAGGUGCUGGAGUGGUAAAAGUCCUGUUAGGGAGGGGGUAUUGUAAAUAUCUUUAACUGAAAGAGACCUACCAGGAUAUAGUGUAAAUGUUAAGAUCAGAUACUUUUGUUUCUUUCUUUGAAACAAUAGAUGUGUUUGAGGAAUGUGUAUAUAAUCCUGUUAUUACCUCCUGGCCUGAAAACGUGUCUUCUUGAGGUGAAAACUGAGGAUGUUUAGUUUUUAUUAUUACCACAGAAAAUAAUCAUUAGAUCAUUUAAUUAAGUAAAAUCUGACCCGUGCCCCCAAUAAAACAAAAUGUACUUAAAACAUCAAAGUAAAAGUACUUAAGAGAGGCUUCUGUUGCUAUUGUUACUGAUGCAUUAAAAUGUUGGUGGUACUUUGUUGUCUGAGCUGGUUGAAGUAUAACUUAAUCUAAAAGUAUAAAGUACAGUAACAUGUAAAUACUCCAGAGCGUAUACCUCACAGCUGUUCUGAAGAACUUAAAGGUACUUUUUGAAAAAAUGUGUGUUUAAAGCUUCUGCAGUAAAACUCACAAAAGUGCUGGUUGGGGUGGCCAGUGUCACUCAAAUUUUAAGGGGAAAUGCUGCCACCUAGUGGUAACAUGUUUUACAAAAAGUACCUUUAAGUGAAUGCAUUUUAUUUCUGUCAGUGCCACGUUUUGUAUUUGUACACACCAGCAGAAGAGUCGUGUUGGUGUAAAUUCAUAUCUUCCAUAUCACAGUAUAAAAUCAUGUACAUCAUGUAAAAAUAGGAUCCUGACUUUUAACUAAAACUACUGUAAAUAAACUGUUUGCUUGAUUGUU